CGUCACGUCACGUCUCCCAAACCGCUGCUGCCUCGCGAGCAGCCGCUGUACUGACCGGUUGCUGUGCUCGUGCUCUUUGAGUUCCCCUUAAAAAAACACAACACUGUUAUGGUUCUGGAAAGAACCAGAAGAGCUCCGGGAAUUGUCAAUAUUGGGCUCGUGUCGGGGGCGCUCAGAAAUGAAUGAAUAACGUCUGCACGCUAGAGCAGCGGGUGCAAACUGACGGCGAUUGAACGUCCAAUUUCUGACCAACAGCAGCAGCAGCUGAAAGACGGACACCAUGAACUACGUGGGGCAGCUGGCAGGCCAGGUCCUGGUGACUAUGAAGGAGCUGUAUAAGGGCAUUAACCAGGCCACACUGUCUGGUUGCAUCGAUGUGGUGGUGGUCCGCCAGAAGGAUGGUUCUUAUCAGUGUUCUCCCUUCCACGUCCGUUUUGGCAAACUAGGUGUGCUACGAUCUAAAGAGAAAGUGAUUGACAUAGAGAUCAAUGGGGAGCCUGUGGAUCUUCACAUGAAGCUAGGAGAUAACGGUGAAGCCUUCUUUGUGCAGGAAACCGAGGAGCAGAAUGAAAUCAUCCCAGCUCACCUGGCAACCUCACCCAUCCCCACUGAUACUCACAUGUUUUGGAUUGGAGGUGAUCACAGGCAAAGUCAGAACCUGGAUGAAGACCCACUGGACCCUGAAGACCCUCCAGAGCCAUCUGUGUCCAGCACAGGGUCUGGUAAAAAGAAGAAGAAGAGGAGGAAGAAGCACAAAGGGGACCCACGGCGUGAAGAGCUAACCCCUCCUGUCACCAUCAGCUCCACUGCAUCCACGGAUGACAUCUUUGAGAUGGACUUGAGUUCUGAUGAGGAAACCAACACCAGAUCGUCUUCAAUCAGUACAGUCAAAGACACUGAAUCCCAGAUACCAAAUGUUCGUCAUUCUUUGGACAACUACCCUUAUUCAGAUGGUGAUUGGUCUCCAUCAAAUAGUCAUGCCAUGUCAGAGGCCUUUUCUCCCAAGAGUGAUUCUGAAUUGGUGGUCCGGCCAUCAGAGAGCUUGCUUAAAAUGGAGUCACACAUGCAGUGGACGUGGGGAGAGUUGCCAGAAUCUACCAGGGUUUCUAAAAAAGAGAAGACGGAGUGGCCGAAGACCGUGACCAUAACGCCUUCAGAGACCACUCACUUCAGAGUCAUUUUGAGCUCAGAGGCCAUGGAAUCCGAGGAAAGAGAAUCAAGCCUAGGGCCUUCUGGAUGCACCAUAGUUAAGCCUGUACCCCGCACCCCUGAAACCCCCAAAACUCCCACUGAGUCAGAGCUGGAGAUGAUGCCUAGUGGAGUGAUGACCUCAACUCCUUCAGACAGCCCUCCUGCUGAUCCACCUGCUGCUUCUAUAGGUGGAGACAUAAGUGAUACUGCGUCCAAGACUGACUCACCCUCCAAGAAGAAAGGCGUCCCAAAAAGGAGUCAGCACCAGGGCCCUGAGGACAUCUACCUGGAUGACCUGAAUGUGUUGGAGCCUGAUGUUGCUGCUCGCUAUUUUCCUAAGAGUGAUUCUGACCCCAGCUCCAAGCACUGGAUGGACUCUGGGAUGCAUUCAGGCUCGCAGUCACCGCAGUCAGUUGGCAGUGCUGCGGCCGACAGCGGCACAGAGUGCCUGUCUGAUUCGGCCAGUGAUCUCCCUGACGUCACACUGUCUCUGUGCGGAGGACUCAGUGAGAACGGAGAGAUUUCCAAAGAAAAAUUUAUGGAGCAUAUCAUCACAUAUCACGAGUUUGCUGAGAAUCCAGCUAUCAUAGACAAUCCAAAUCUGGUUGUGAAAAUAGGAAACAGGUAUUACAAUUGGACACUGGCUGCUCCUUUGAUCUUAAGCUUGCAGGCAUUUCAGAAGAACUUACCCAAGGCUACAGAGGAAGCUUGGGUAAAAGAGAGGAUGCCAAAGAAAUCAGGCCGCUGGUGGUUCUGGAGGAAAAGAGCAGACAGCACUAUUAAACAGUCGGACAGCACUGGGAAAUUGGAAAUGAAGCAGUCUCAAAUGGAGAAAAGCAGCUCCUCUUUGUCAUUGGAAAGCCAUGCGCGCAAAGCGGACGCCAGGGAUUCAUCCAGCGAUGAGGAUGGGAAAGAAUUGAGUGCUGCCGCUUCAUCAAUGGAACGUAAAGUCCAGUCCGAGCCCCACGGCCACAGCUCCACUCACUCUUACCGCAAGUCCCUGCGCCUCUCCUCGGAUCAGAUCGCUAGUCUGAAAUUAAAGGAAGGACCCAACGAUGUGACUUUCAGCAUCACUACACAGUACCAGGGCACGUGCCGCUGUGAAGGCACCAUUUAUCUUUGGAACUGGGAUGAUAAAGUCAUCAUCUCGGACAUUGACGGAACCAUCACUAAAUCAGAUGUGUUCGGGCAGAUUUUGCCGCAGUUUGGGAAGGACUGGACGCAUAAGGGCCUUGCAAAACUAUACCACCUUGUGGCUGAAAAUGGAUAUAAGUUCCUGUACUGCUCGGCCAGGGCAAUUGGCAUGGCAGACAUGACCCGAGGGUAUCUGCAGUGGGUAAAUGAUGGAGGCAUCAUCCUGCCCCGUGGACCCCUCAUGCUGUCUCCUAGUAGCCUCUUCUCUGCGUUUCACAGGGAGGUGAUUGAGAAGAAGCCAGAAAUCUUCAAAAUCGAAUGUCUCACUGACAUCAAGAACCUCUUCCUUCCCAACAAACAUCCCUUUUACGCCGCGUUUGGGAAUCGAACAAACGACGUCUUUGCCUAUAAAGAGGUUGGAGUGCCAAUUUGUCGAAUCUUCACCGUUAACCCCAAAGGAGAGCUGAUACAGGAGCAAACCAAGGGCAAUAAAUCCUCGUACAGUAGACUGAGUGAGCUGGUGGAUCACGUCUUUCCCUUGCUGAGUAAAGAACAAAGCUCAGCUUUCAGUUUUCCAGAAUUCAGUACCUUUUGUUUCUGGCGACAACCCAUCCCUGAAAUCAGUCCUGAGGACCUGCUUUUAUAGACCAUCCCCGUAGGUCCAUUAUCAGUUGCUAAAUAUAUAACACAGUCACUGUCUGUCAUCAGUGCCACUAAGCACCCAUCUCAUAUCUCUAGUUUUGGAAGAAUAAAGGUGGCACUCUCCUCUACACGGGAACAGUGAGCUGCACCAAAGCACCUCUGAAGUUUUGAACUAGUGUGAGACACCAAAAUAGUUUAAAUACAACCCAUCACACAUGUGCGAUCUAGAUUGAACUUCCACAAACAACAUCACUUCGUGCUGCUCUGUCUGUGAGGUCAUUAAGAAAAUCUAAUCUGUAUCGUUUUAAUUUAGCUGCUAAGUGUUAGGCUGCUUCUUUGAAGGAAUUUAUCGGUAAUGGGCUUGUAAAAUAUUGGGCUAUUAGUUAGACCAAUGGACUCUUUACUAGCAGAAUGUCUCGGAUGAGCGUGCUGUUGUUCGGGUGUGUGUGAUGCUUAAGGCAUAAAGCUAUAUCCUUAAAGAUAUUAAUAAAUAUAAAUGGAUUAGUUAGAAAUAACAAAUGAACACACACUGCCUCUAAGAUGUGGUGAAGCAACUUAAAUAUGCAUUGACAGAGCUCAAAAUCUCGGACACUGGGAAAUAUGCACAGAACGAGGCGUGACAGACUGAUUGAACGUACUUCGUACUAUCGACUAAAGAUCUAUGAAGAGUACACAGAGCGAUCCGUCAUAAUUGGGAUUUCUUGUAUUUGUUUCUCUCCCGCUGACAUUUACAUCGUCUGGCUGCUGCAAAACGCCUUACCGAUCGCACUUUCGGCUGCAGCCAUGAGAGGAAAAAUAACAAAUCUUGCACUUAACUCCUGAUGGAAACGCAGUAUCGUUUGAAGCUUUUCGGCAGUCUUUUGUGCACAUUGCAAGGAUUUAAGCACUUUGGACCCUUAAACUAAACCUCACCUGUGUAUUAAGUUAUGAAGUUAUGCUUUCAUUAUGAAGGUAUUGACCGUAUGUUGAUGUAUGUAUCUUAAUGUAGGUUGUGGUGGUAUCAAACAGUUCUUGAUUUAAUUUUCAAACGCCUUUAUUUAAAGGCCUUUGCAUGCUUUGUUUGGACAGUAUGUAUUGAAUAUAAACAGUUUAAGGGGUCAUCCCAUUGUUUCAUGAAGCAGCAGAAAUGAAUUGAGAGUUGCUUUUUUAAUAUUACACAGUAUGUUGUAAUAUGAGGUGAAGAAAUGUGUUUAGGAGUUGACUGAAGUAAUGAGCCUUUUUUGGUAGCUGAGAUCUUGGCUCUCGCCUAAACUAUCGUCAAGUUCCUUUAAGAUAAGGGUAGAUGUUUUGGAGCACCCUGCGCUCUUUAAUGAGUACUUAAUAGUAGAUGUAUAAAACUAGAGCACAAUGAAAUAAUUUUCUUAUGUAUUUAAGUAAAACAAUUAUUUAGGGCAUUUCAUGGUGAAACUGACUGUUGUGAUUUAUUAUGUGUGUUGCUGUUGUCUAUGUUUGGAAGUGAAAUCUGUUAACUGUUAACAAGGAAAUCCCGUUCUUUCUAUGAAAGUAAUACCUCUUGUGUGGGAUGAACACACUCAUCUUGUAUGAAUUUAACUUUAAUGGUAAAAAGACAAAGAAAAUGUUAAAAAAAUAUCUAUUAUUUUUUUGUUGAAACUGCUGUGUAAGUGCCGAAUGUUCUGGUCGUUCUUCUCGACCUUUGCCUUUUUGUUUUACUCGCUUUUAUUUCUAGUUAUGUUUCAUUUUCUUGAUUUUGUUGUAUGGCUUCACAUUGCAUUUGACCAGCAUAAACACCUUCAAAUGGAAAAUUGUAGGAUAUACUUACAAAAGAAAUUUUAUGGUUUGGACAAUGUUUAUGAAUCUAUUAAAGAUGUAUUUACUACA